AUGGGCCACACCAAGUGGGCCAAAGACGAGCCCUGCACAGACAUCACCACGGGAUGGUCAGAGUGUUUCCGAAGAGCUCCAGAAGCGUAUGAAAAUAUCCUGCAGCUUCUCUUCCUUCCUAAUGAUGAGCCCCAGGGGCAGAUGCUGUCCAGAUGUGGGCGGGGGCGGGGCCCUGGGGCUGCGGCCACGGCGGGACUAUUUGGGGAGCAGGGGAAGGGCAGUGGUUGUGGAAGCUGGAGACCUGGGGAACCAAAGAGCAAUUCCAGGGCCGGCGGGCGGGCCGUCGCUGGAGCAGCUCCCCUCGGGGUGCUCCGAGGAGGCUGCGGGCAGGCAGAGGAGGAGUCCCGGCGGAGCUGCGGGCCGGCAGGGGUUAACCCGGGAGUAGUCGUCGGGUCAGGUUACUUCCCUUUAAAAAGAAGGGGAAAGGAGGAGUCAGGCCCUGGUGGGCAGUGUCUGUGGCUGGUCCGGCUCGUCCUUCGGGGGAGGAGGCUCGCAGCCGGCCAGGGUCGGGCGCCUGGCAGCCGCAGCUUGCAGGUGCAUCCAAGCCACCUGGCUACCUCUCCCCGCUGGCUGCCUGCCUGCCCUUCAGCCCUUGGUGGGGCUCCCAGGCGGCCUGUAACUGGAUACCAGACACUGCUUCGUCCCUUCAGGCACCCCCCCGCCUCAGAGCCGCACUCCACGCACCCUGUUUCUGGAUCUGCUCUUGGAAACCUGGAUAGAGCGUGUUUCCACUCAGCCCAGUGA